AUGCGAUGCGCGAGCAAGGCCUCCGAGAACGCGUCCGCACGUCUCUGUGCGGACGCCGAAGCAGAAACCGCAGCAACCGAUGUCUCAUCGGUUGCUGAAGCGACCCAGCCUGUGUCACUUGGUGAUGCAGGCGCUGGUCAUGAAAACACUCAUGUCUUCACAGAGUAUGAGCUCGGUGUCUCAUACUCUCCUGAUACGGAAGACGGAUCCGUAUCGACGGCGAUUGAAUCCAAGCCGCCUGCCAAGCGUGGCAUGGAUGAUGCUAUGCGUCGCAGCAUCUUUGGUUCAUCUGAUGAAUCAGAUGAACCGCCGCCGAAGCGAAGGCGAUCGAAGUCGCAAGACUCGGUCGCUCACAGUGGUGUCGGUUCUCCUAUUGACACCACUUCGCAACGAGGUGCCAGUCCUUCUGUUGGCACGUCGCAAGAAGAGCGGGACCGCAGUGUCUUGCGUCUCGCUACCGAGAAGAAGGCAUGGAUGCCUCCAAAAUCCGUCAUGGAUCACUUGUCGGCGACGACGAGUGAUCGUUAUCGAACACGAUUGUUCGAUUCGUCAAGGAUCCAUCACCUUGACCCCAAGGCGAAAGACUAUCACACUGAGAAUAAAUUCUUCAUCGAUGCUUUCUUUAAGUAUCGAUGGUACAGUGGGAAUCACAAACGUGAUGGUCCCUCACUGCUUCAGGCGUGGAACGCCUACAUCCAUAACCUCGAGGAUGUAGGUCGUGACGCUUGGAACGACAAACUUAUCAAAGCUCGUGAUAAGUUUGAAAAGCGAACCCCGACAGGGAUUGGCAACCUGAAAUCCCUUUACGACCGUGCCGGGAAGACUUUCUCCGGCGGUGCUUCUGCGGCACAGGAUGUGCCGCGUCGUACUGCUCAACCAGACCCAGUACGUCGAUCAUCAGUUGGGAGCGGGGCUCCCAAGAAUCCCAGGACGGGGGAUAGCCGCGCCACCGGACGAGAUAACUCGUCCGACGUCCGUUCACGUCGCGGUGGUUUAACAGCUUCUCAACUAGAUAGCGCUGGCCACCGUGAGAGUCCUCUAAUGGAGGUGGAGGAGGAUGGAAAACGCUCUCCAAACUAUCGUGGGGAAGCGUGUGUUCCCGAGAGCUUCUUCGAUCGCGUAAAGCAAGGGUUACGCGGCGAUCUCGAACAUGAGCGGGACAGACGUCUCCAACUGGCGGACGCUGUCUCGAAAAAUCGAGCUGAGUUUGCCUUUGCUCAGCUUGAGAACGAGAGAUCUCUGACAUCUCUGCGCGACGAGCUAAGGGUAGCUCGUGGGAAUGUUGAUCGGUCUCGGGAUGAGAUAGCUGCUCUUCAGACCCUUGUUGAUGCCCAUCAUCGGGAGCACAAGGCUCUCUGCGAGAUGCUUGAGCGCAAGGGCGUUCUUCAUCGGAAGAAGCAGCGUACUGAUGGUACGGCUUAA